AUGGCAGGAGAGAGCUUGAACCUCGCACUCAAACGGAUCAGGAAGGUUGACAAGGUUCGAGAUCUCUCGAGUGACUACGAGCUGCAAGAUGAGCCUGCUCCCAAGUCAGAAGGACAGACAGGCACGACGGGUCUCACAGAAGCAAACCGCCGGGUCGAGUGGGCAUCGAGAUGUUGGUCGAAAGCGACGAAUGAAUCUGAUGAUGCUGUUGCUGCUGCUGUUGUUGUGUGUGACCAUGCUAGAGGUGCAAGAGAGGUGCGAGAACAGAAUAUUCUGCUGAAGGAAACGAUCCAAUAUGAUGAUGCAGGUUGA